GUCACUCGGUCACGUGACCGCCACUUCCCGGUCUGUUUCAUUCGGUAACUUUUAGUGCAUUUAGUGCAAAAGAAUAAUGCCAUGUGCCUCUCUUUUCCGGAUUUUACACCUAAGUCUCAUGCUCAUGACGACUUUUUCUGCAUCUCGAGAUGGGAAACGUCCAAAUUUUGUUUUGAUGAUGGUAGAUGACCUCGGCAUUGGAGAUUUGGGAUGCUAUGGGAACACAACUAUAAGGACCCCUAACAUUGACCGGCUGGCUCAGGAGGGGGUGAAGCUGACUCAGCACAUUGCAGCCGCUCCCCUCUGCACCCCCAGCAGGGCAGCCUUCCUCACUGGUCGAUACCCAGUGAGAUCAGGUAUGGCCAGCCAUGGCAAACUGGGGGUCUACAUUUUCUCUGCCACUUCUGGGGGUCUCCCCACCACGGAGGUCACCUUCGCCAAGCUCGCCCAGCAGCAAGGCUACUCCACAGCCCUCAUAGGCAAGUGGCACCUGGGGCUAAACUGCGAACACAACGCCGACUUGUGUCACCACCCGAACAGACAUGGGUUCGAUCAUUUCUAUGGCAUCACCAUGACCAACCUACGCGACUGCCAGCAGGGCCACGGAACCAUCUUCGUCAACGUCUUCUCGCACAUACCAUUCCGAGGCCUGGGAUUGGCCGUGGCCACGGUGCUCCUCGCAUACUCCCUCGGGGUGAGAGUCGUCACGCGUAACGUUGUGCUGUGGGCGGCGGCACUCUUCGGCGUGCUCUUGGCGCUUUUUGCCGUCUUCGUCUUCACCUUCCCUUCAUUUAACUGUUUGCUCAUGAGAAACGGUGAAGUGGUCGAGCAGCCAUUCAGGUCCGACGAUCUCACUCUGCGGAUGACCAGAGAAGCGGUACGCUUCUUACAUAGGAAUGCUGAUCAGCCUUUCCUGCUCUUCUUUUCCUUCAUCCAAGUGCAUACGGCUUUGUUUGCAUCCAAACGCUUCAAAGGAAGAAGCCGGCACGGUCUCUAUGGCGAUGCCGUGGAAGAGGUUGACUGGAGUGUAGGGAAGAUUGUGGAGACACUGGACUCCCUGAAGCUGAGCGAGAACACUCUUCUGUACCUGACCUCAGACCAGGGGGCUCACCUGGAGGAGAUCUCCGUUAGGGGAGAGGUUCACCGGGGGUGGAAUGGCAUUUACAAAGCAGGAAAAUCGACCAAUUGGGAAGGGGGGAUUAGGGUUCCCAGCAUCCUGCGCUGGAGUGGUUUCCUACCCUCAAACAAGACCAUAGACGAGCCCACUAGCAACAUGGAUGUGUUUCCUACCGUGGUGAAACUGGCAGGAGCGAGCCUGCCUCAAGACAGGCACAUCGACGGUCGAGAUCUCAUGCCACUCUUACUGGGGGAGGUACAGAGAUCCGAACACGAGUUCCUCUUCCAUUACUGCAACGCCUUCCUGAACGCCGUGAGAUGGCGCCCACUCACCGGUAAAUCUGUCUGGAAAGCUUUUUUCUUCACCCCUAAUUUCUAUCCUGAAGACUCCACCACUUGCUUCCACACGCACGCCUGCUUUUGCACGGAAAACUAUGUGACGUAUCACGACCCCCCCUUGCUCUAUGACCUCUCUGUGGACCCUUCCGAGAGCACACCCCUGAGCCCGGAGACGGAGCCGCUCUUCCACAACGUCCUUGGGACAAUCCAGGAAGCGGUGACCCUCCACGCCCGGAGCCUGACCCGUGCCGCUGACCAGCUAUCUCCAGCCAACCUGGUGUGGAAACCCUGGCUGCAGCCUUGCUGUUCCUCUCUCUUCCAGCUCUGCCACUGUGACAGAGACCAACACUAGAGGCAGCACUUGGCCAGUGCACUGAUUUCAUUCCAAAAAUGCCCCAUGAAUCGCAGACACACAGAGGACUCGUCGGUCAGGAAAAGAAUUCUGUCUCCUGCCACGUAACAUACGCUGCUAAGUCUGAAAUCCCCAAUGUUUUCAUGCUCUGGGAUGCAUCGAGAUUAAUGUUCAUACAACCAUCUCUCUUAAUGAGAGGCAUUUAAUUGGUAACCAACCAGUAUUGUGAUUUUUCAUUCAUGUGUCAGCUGUAGGUAUGUAAAGACCUGGAUUAAGGGACAGACAUCUGAAUGGAUAACCAUGAGACUGUUAUGCACUGUUUUUAAGUUCAUAACAAGAAAGAAGUUAAUCGUGCACUGUUUCACUGAAAAAUGUCUGUAUUUACAGAAGACUUCUCCACAGGCUCCACAAGGACAGAUUGUGUCUCAAUAAUGUGUGAGACAGCAGGAAGGCCUUAUUUGCAUUUUAAUUGUACGGACUGAUUGCCAUUCAGGGUCUCAGAGGUUCAUUGAUAAGUACAUUAACGAGCUGGGCGCAAUCCUGGGAACUGCGCUGAGAAAGCCACAGACGUCUUGAUAAAUCUGACCCAGCGUAUCCAAAGGCUGGCUACCAUGCUAAUUGUUUUGUCUGAAGCUGUGUCCGCCUGGCCUGAUUGGCGUUAUUUGAUUACCGGAGAGCACCAUGGCCACCCGGAGCCUUUGGCAGCCUCACUGAAUUAGUCAUUAACAUGUUGGCGCAGAGGUAGUUUGUCCAGGCAGAUCCCCGAAUUUAAAAGGGUCCCUUAUCCAGCCAUUUGGCAGUGAAACUGCAUGAUGUGAGGAGUCCAGACAUUCAUAAGAGACCCUUGUUUAUUCCGCACUUUUGUUACCGGUGCACAUUUAUUAAAAAAUGACUUUGGCUACCCAUUAA